AAACAACGCCUCGGCAAGUAACUGUCAAGUUCAAUACCCCCCAAACCAGCUACAAAAUGUCCUUCCAACAAAUGCAACAAGAAUCCCCCAUCCUCAAAUACCCCGAAGACUUUGGGCUUCACCCAAACGUCUCCCUAGAAACAGCCGCCAACAUGCUUCUCCGCGCCAUUUCAACCUCUCAAAACUUGCCCUACAACUGGACUUUUAUCGAUAAACCACAGGAGGGUCAGAUAUACUUGUUGUUCAUGCCAAACCCGUCUCAACCUCUGAACGACGGUAUUCGAUGGCAAGAUCAAGAAAAUCGGUAUAAUAUGCCUGUUCAGCGCGGUACACGGGAACUCGAAGUAACAGAAGUCAAAUUCGGGUUCAUACCCAACAGCCAAGACACAGCUGCAUGGCGUAUGCGAAGACGUUAUCGCCUCCAUAAAGGCGGUCAUCCACAACUAGUCCUCGUUCAUUAUUCACGCGUGCCUCCUAUCCAAAUCAUCCCAUCCCUCUUAAACACCCCCAUAAGACACUACCCCCUGCGUCAAAUCACAGAUCCUCCGAUAUACGUCAUGGGCGAUAAAAUGGGUCAGAAAGCAUUUCCGGGGGCGCAUCCUGUAGGUCCGCAUCAAGGGCAAGGGCAAGGCGGGAUGUCUCAUCAAGGUCAGGGUGGGAUGCCUCAACAGGCGAUGGGAGGCAUGCCCCAACAGGGGAUGGGCAUGGGCCAACAGGGCAUGGGGGGUAUGGGCCAACAGGGCAUGGUAGGGAUGCCCCAACAGGGCAUGGGUAUGGGCCAACAGGGUAUGGUGGGCAUUCCCCAAGGGAUGGUAGGAAUGAACCCACAGGGGAUGGUAGGCAUGACUCCACAAGCGAUGAUAGCGCAGCAGAACAAUAACAUGGAAGCUCUGGAGAGGAGGAGGGAGCGUGAGAGGCCAAGAGAUGGGAGUGCAGGCGUUGGGGUUGGUCAAAGACCUGGUCCUCCGCGUUUAGACGAUGACGAAUCAGCAGAUGAAUCAGAAUUAUUAUCAACCCGGACGUUAGCUAUCGCUCGAUACCGUCGGAAUCACGAGUUAAUGGAAGAAGUAUUCAGACAAGCAGCUUUCGGCAACAACAAACCACCACCCCCAAAAAGCAUAUACGAAAAUUUCAACAAAACAGACCUAGAGACCAAAGUAGCAAGACUACAAAACGAAGUAGAAGCUCUUCAGGCUAGAGCUGAUGAGCGGAGAGCUCAGAAAGUAGCAGCGGAUGAUGUGGUCGUUACUGCUAGUGGACAUGCUCUGAUGGAUAUGGUUAUUUGACCCUUGCUCUGUCUUAUUUACUACGACUGUCCGUUCAACCACUCGUCUUACCAGUCACCCAUCCACCCGCGCUCAAACAAACAAAU